UAAACUGAAGAAAGAGAACUCUCUAAUCCGGAAUAUUACCACAGAUAAAGUCAAUAAACGGAAACUAACAAAUCUCACUCCAAACACAACAUAUCAAAUAUCCGUAGCUGCUGGAAAUCAAAAUGGUUUUGGUGAAGAGACAACAACAUCGUUCACAACACUUGGAAAAGGUAAAUGUUAAACAAGCAAUUAAAUUUAUUCCAUCAACAUGUGCUGGUCAACCGUGUAUGAGAAUUGGGAUCUGUGGUGGUAGUAAGUUACAUUAAUUUGAUAAUUUUUCAAUUGAAGAAGUGAUAGAGAGUUCAAAAGUUGAAUUAAUGAUAACAAUGAUCUUCCUUCUUUUUAGCUUUAUUACCAGAUAAACCCUCAAAGCUCACAGUCACUAACUCACUCGGAAAAGGUAAAGUUAAAACAGCAACUAAAUUUAUUCCGGCAACAUGUGCUGGUCAACCGUGUAUGAGAAUUGGGAUCUGUGGUGGUAGUAAGUUACAUUAAUUUUUCCACUGAAGAAGUGAUAGAGAGUUCGUAAGUUGAAUUAACGGUUUCAAUGAUCUUCUUCUUUCUAGCUUUGUUACCAGAUAAACCCUCAAAGCUCACAGUCAUUAACAUCACGUCUGAAAGUGCUGGAAUAUCUUGGGAAGAUCCUGCGAAUGGAGGGAACAAUGGUCUUACAGGAUUUCGGAUCAAACUUAUGAAAAGUAACACUGUAAUCCUGAAUACUACCAUAGACAAAGUCAACAAAUAUGAAAUAGAUAAUCUCACUCCAAACACCACAUAUAAAAUAUCCGUAGCUGCUGGAAAUCAAAAAGGUUUUGGUGAAGAGACAAUAACUUCGUUCACAACAUUUGGAAAAGGUAAAUGUUAAAAAAUCAAUUAAAUUUAUACCAUUAACAAAUGUUGGUCAACUGUGUAUGAAAAUCGAGAUCUGUCGUGGUAGUAAGUUGUUACAUUAAUUUGAUAAUUUUUCCACUGAAGAAGUGAUAGAGUUCAAAAGUUGAAUUAAUGGUAUCCAUGAUCUUCCUUCUUUCUAGCUUUGUUACCAGAUAAACCCUCAAAGCUCACAGUCAUUAGUAUCACGUCUGAAAGUGCUGGAAUAUCUUGGGAAGAUCCUGCAAAUGGAGGGAACAAUAAUCUUACAGGAUUUUGGAUUAAACUGUCGAAAGAUAACACUCUAAUUCUGAAUAUUACCAUCAACAAAGUGAACAAAUAUGAAAUAGAUAAUCUCACUCCAAACACUACAUACGAAAUAUCCGUAGCUGCUGGAAAUCAAAAAGGAUUUGGUGAAGAGACAAUAACUUCGUUCACAACAUUUGGAAAAGGUAAAUAUUAAAACAUAAAUUUAAUUUAUACCAUUAACAAAUGUUGGUCAACCGUGUGUGAAAAUAGAGAUCUGUCGUGGUAGUAAGUUACAUUAAUUUGAUAAUUUUUCAUUGAAGAAGUGAUAAAAUUCGAAAGUUGAAUUAAUGGUAUCCAUGAUCUUCCUUCUUUCUAGCUUUGUUACCAGAUAAACCGUCAAAGCUCACAGUCAUUAGUAUCACGUCUGAAAGUGCUGGAAUAUCUUGGGAAGAUCCUGCAAAUGGAGGGAACAAUGAUCUUACAGGAUUUUGGAUUAAACUGACGAAAAAUAAUACUCUAAUCCUGAAUACUACCAUAGAUAAAGUGAACAAAUACAAAAUACAUAAUCUCAAUUCAAACACAACAUAUGAAAUAUUCGUAGCUGCUGGAAAUCAAAAUGGUUUUGGUGAAGGGAUCAUCACUUCGUUCCGAACAACUUCGAUCUCAACACUUGGAAAAAGUAAGUGUUAAAAGAUCAAUCAGUUUUAAACCUAACUUUAUGUGUAGAUCGUCCCAAUUCAAGACUGUCAGCUAUUUAUGACGAAAUCAUUGAACCGUAAACAACUACGGCAAUAAUAGUUUGCAAUAAUAUUGACAUAUUAUUAGCACUGAUGAAGAUCCGGGCCUACGGAUCGAAAGCUUUGCAGUAAUAAAUUUACGUGGUGUUUCCACAAAUAAAACUAUUAUAUUUUAUCACCAUGCAAACAUACAAAGAACUAUGGCAAUGUUGUAUGCUUCUCAACACUUCGUGUUUCGGUAAAUAUCCUUACUCUAUUCACCUUCACUUCAGUAAAUAAUUCUUAAUUGUUCCGCGUUUCAGGCACAGGAGACACUGAUGAUAGUUCCGACGGAUAUAUUGCUGGGGUUGUGACGUUGGCGGUUGUCGUGAAUGUUGUACUCGCCACCCUUGCUUAUAUUAUCUAUCGAUAUCGUCAACUCAAAUCAGCAAUCGCUGACUAUCUUGGAGAAGAAACGUCGGCUCAAAUCACGACAAUGUUGAAGGGAAAACAACCACUCAAAUCAGUAAUCGCUGACAAUCUUGGAGAAGAAACGUCGGCUCAAAUCACGGCAUUGUUGAAUAAUGGGGAAGAACGACUCAAAUCUGCAAUCGCUGACAAUCUUGGAGAAGAAACGUCGGCUCAAGUCACGGCAUUAUUGAAUAAUGGAGAAGAACGACUCAAAUCAAUAAUCGCUGACAAUCUUGGAGAAGAACCAUCGACUGACGUGACAGUCUUGGCGGACAACGGUAGAAAGGUUUCAAAAGAUAUCAACGAUAAUAAUCCCGUUCAAAAGCAGGUCCCGAAGGUUCUCUUUAAGAAAGGACAACAUUGCCUCAUUCACAAAGAUGACGACCAUUGUGAAAAAGUGGAACUGUUGGACAUUGGUUAUGUUUGAACGGUUUGAUAUAUUUAGUAUAUUCGUUACUUAGGGACAUAAGAGGGCAAUAGGGAUAGAUGGGGAUAAGGUUUAGUAGGGAUAGGGUUUAAUGAGGAUAAGAGUAACAUUAUAGCACAACGCGUGUAAUAUAUAAAGGGGAAGUAAAAAUAAUUGAUGUUGUACUAAGGAAAAGCAACAAAACAUGCGAGAAAUUCCAAGGUUUAUAUUUUCUAUUAAAUUUCAGUAAAUUUGUGAGCCGUGUUCUGCUACUUUGUCUGACCGAUUAUUCUCUUUUACCCAAUGGCCUCGUUUCAAUGUUAACUUAUUUUAGCAUGUCAGGGGCAGAUAAAGAUUAUAUUCUCAUGUUUUCCUGGACGAAUUUGUUUCUUGCUGUUCUUAGUAAUUUUCAACCGUACUAAGCACAAAACAUGAGUAAGUAUUUGACAUGAAAACGAGGCCAUUGGGUAAAAGAGAAUAAUUGGUAAGGUCUAUUUUGGAAUAAAUGAGCGGUCGAUUUAUACAGCUUUAAAAAAGCCUGAGGAGGAAGGGUGGUGAUCGGUCAUACACUCAUCCAGUUAAAGUACCACAUGACUACGAGAUGUUCUAUUAGUGAACGUUAUUUAGCCAAGGAAACUGACAUUUUAUUUUCCAUAUAAAAGACAUUCAACGUGUUAGUUGUGUAUUUGAUAAUCAUAUAACUACAGUUUGCUAGCUCUCAGAUCGAUAUAUAAAGUGCGCCAUAUUUUUUGCCUCAAAAACUAGAAACCGAGUCAAUGUGCCUUUUUGUGGUAAAAAUAUUAAUAUCAUUUCAAUGUCUGUUCUUGUUCACAUACUUUGUACAAUCCACCUCUAUUUUGCCUGAUCAUUAAAAACACUACAAGUCAUCUUUUUUGAAAUUGCCAACAAUCUCAGGUGCUCGAAUAGAAAAUGAAAAAAACACCAAAAAGUAAAUUAAAACAUCUCAUGCAAAAACCCAAUAUAUAUGGGCUAAAACAAGAAGUAAAUUUUAAAUGGUUGUAUUAUUCAUUAAAUUAACCAUUUAAAAUUUACGUAUACACUUUCAUUUUUCGGUGUUUGCUUUACAUUUUAUUUUCUUAAUUUUGUCGGCUGGUUCUGGCUUUUGCAAAUGACUACAUCUAUGAACUUAUCUCAUUUGGUCGUGUACAGCUUCAUGACCAUCGUCAAUGUUGUGUUCUACCGUCUUCGGCGUCCUUUAGACUUCACAGGCGUGUUAAGAUCUGAGUUAAUAUCAGCAGUCGUGCUAAAAGUUAGUCUGUUUCUGAUUUGAUAGAGUGAAUUAAUGAUAAUAACAUUUUUACAACAAACAAUAGGUAGGAGCUAUGUAGUUUAUCUAAUAAUGUAUUUCAAAGGCGAGGAUAUCAAUACACGCUUCCGAAAAGUAUGUCACCUUGGCUAUAGAGCCUCGUUCUCACCCAACUCACGUGCAUGAAAACGAGGCGAUGAUACUGCUGACAAAAAGCAGGUCUGCAAAUAAUUAUUUUACUUGGAAGGACAUUUGUCCGGCCAGACAAAAAUUGGUGGGACAUUUAUCAAUUUUUCUCGGACAAUGAGCAAAGUAUAUUUUUUUUUAAAUUAGCACGAUGUAUUUCGGCCGGUCAUCAGGCUUUUAGCCAGAAGGGCGUCCAGGCGUCCUGGGACGCCCCUAGAACAAAAAAUGGACACCUUUGGACGCCCAAAUCCUGGGGAAAAAGGGAAAUUAUUUUCAAUUAUUUCCCUAAGUACAUUAAUAUAUCUGAAACGAAAUAGCUUCAAUUCUCAUUAUUAUUAUACAUUUGACAUUUUGAUCAAUUUGAUGGUGUACCUGGCUGAAUGAAAAUGUCAUAGUUAAGUAAAGAAGCAUAGCGGCACAAACUCACAAAGCCAAGUGUGUUUGAAAAAUUUCGAACGAGCUUGGAACAGAUACUGAUAUGAAGUAACGUAAACUUCAAAGGUUUUCCAGAGGAACAUUUUCUCGACACCCUCAUAAAAAGCUUUGAUCGGACAAAACGUAAAAUUUGGCCGGACAAUUUCCGAUGACCGGCACUAAUUUGCAUGCCUGAAAAGGAUACUGGUCUAGAUCAAGUUUCUGACGUAAGAUUCCAGUGAGGAGCAACUCAGCAGUGUACGCUUUCUCAACGUGCGCUUUCUCACACAGCUCUUUAUCCUCGUCACAUGACAACACAAUCACGUCAUUGUCACGUGAUGUUGGCAUCUUUGAAACAAUCU